AUGACAAAGGCUGUAAUGGUGAGAUGCUACCUGCUCUGUUUAUUAACUCUUUCACUGUGUUGUGCUUCUGGGUUAGUAUGGGCGGAUAGUCCUAAAGCUUCUGAGUCCAGUAAUUGUGUUACUUUUGUUGGUGUUCCUCCUUUUAUUGUUAAGACUGUUCCUUGCGAUGAGGCCCGUAAUGCUCCUACGGCUGCUGAACCCACACAACCUGCUCCAGGUAAACCGGGUCCUGAUAGUCGUGGUGAUCCUAGUGGGAGAGAAGUUAACCAAGUCACUACGAAUUCGCAUCAAGAGCAAGAAGUAUCCCGAGGUGAUAAAGAAGAGUUAACAGUUGAUUCUGAAAAUAAAGGUAGAUCAGGAAGUCAGGCUGGUCAACAAACCUUAGAGGCAGACGGCACCCCAUCAGGUACUCGGGGACACAAUAAUCAUGUUUCUUCCCCUGAGUCUGCAAAAGGCCGGGAUAUACAAGUAACUGAAGAG